AUGGCGUACGGGAAGCUGCACGUGCUACCAUUGAGCCUGUUCAUCUUAAUUCCUGUGACAUUCGUGACUACAUACACCAUAUCAGUGCAGUGGGACCACGUGGUGCCUGGGUUCCCUUAUAUAUCAGAGACCGGUACACUGUUGCCGGAAUCGUGCAUAUUUGCACAAUGUCUGAACAUCGUGGCCCUUUUGCUCGGAUGCUGCGUUUAUAUCAGACACCGACAGGUUCUGCAGUGGCAAAAGGAAAGAGGUCAUGACCUGGUGGGCAGAAGGCUCGUGGUGGUGACCGCAUAUUGCGGCGUCCUCGCCUGUUUCGGUCUCGACAUACUCGCUAAUUUUCAUGCCUCCGUGGUCGCCGCUCACAUGGUGGGAGCGAUGACUUGCUUCUCCGCCAGCAUUCUCUAUUUCUGUCUUCAGACAUAUCUGAGCUAUAAGAUGGUACCAGCCGUGAACAACAUGAUUGUUGUCUAUGUACGUGCGUUUCUCUCGGUUCUUACGUUGAAAUUGACGAUCGCCUCGAUCGUUUUCGGCCAUAUUUCGAUGUUUGAAUUUCAAGGUCACGAUUACAAGAAGUGGCUGCCGGCGGACGGUGGUUGGGGCUGGCAUAUCUCUAGUACGAUAUGCGAGUGGAUCCUCGCGAUCGUGUACUGCGCAUUUCUCCUCACUUUCGUCCCGGAUUUUCGAUUGAUUCACUUCGAGGACCCCGUAGUUACGUUAAUAUAUCUGGACAAAACUGAAAGCACGGUGCUUGCACGGACGUUUUGCAAAGGGAAGUCAUGUGCUCUACAAAGUGAAGACUCUGAAGAUACUCCGAGCAACCUUACGAAAGAGAGGCUAGCGCAGAGACACCACCGUCCCCCUGAGGUGGAAAUUCUGCGAGUCGCCGCCCGAUGCAUCGUCAAACGUCACUGUCAUUCGCUCUAUCGCCGACAACGAGCACACAUCGCAAUCAUGGAGAAGCAGGAGUUCCUAGUGAAUCUACAUUACCUGCCGAUCGCGGUCUUCGUCUCUCUGCCUACGAUCUUCAUUUUAACCUACGUGAUCGCGGUCUUACUGGGACACGUGGAAGCUAGUUUUCCUUAUAUCUCCCAAGCAGCAGCUACCGCACCAGAGAGCUGUAUUUUUUCUCAAGUCGUCAACAUAAUCACUCUGCUCAUGGGCUUUAUAGUUUACAUAAGAUACGCUCAAGUUCGAGAAUGCACGAGCGUCUUUCACUCGUCGGCCUCAUUACCGAAGUGGAACCAUUGGGCCUUAAUCUUCGGUAUACUAUCGACCGCCGGUUUAUCGAUCGUAGCAAACUUUCAAGAAACCUCGAUGCUCGUGGUCCAUCUUAUCGGCGCGUUCCUCUGCUUCGGAAGUGGUACUGCGUAUUUUUGGACCCAGGCCGUGUGUUCGUUUUAUCUACAUCCGUCAGGAUGCUCAUUGCGACUCGCGCACCUCCGCACAGCAUUAUCGACCUUCAGUACAGUUUGCUUCUUUAUAAUCGUCAUCACAGGCGUGCUGGCCCGCCUGGCCUAUAAGGGAACAAACCCCCGAAAAUGGUGCAAGGAGGACGGCGGCUGGGAAUUGCACAUAACUAGCACGAUAACCGAAUGGUUCUGCGCGAUGACGUUUUGCGUUUAUAUCCUGACGUUCACGGAGGAUUUCAGGGACAUCCGGAUAAGUCAUCCGAAGGUGAUAUGCAACAUACACGGAUUAAGGUCGAGCAACGAGGCGCUGAACGAGAGCCAAAACUCCAGCGUGGUUCACGAGCGAACGAACCCAUCAACCAACACCUGAUCGCUCAUCGGCAG